AAGAAAUAAGUUUGCUCAGUUUUUUUAUUAUCUUAAUACCACAUGAGAGAAUGAGAGAUAUCCUUGGUAUUGAAGAAGCAGCUUUGAUAAGUUGUCUGAAAAAAAUAAAGAUUAUGUUCAUAUAGAAAGAACAAGAUGGCAGACGUUUGCUAAUAAAAAUAUCACCAAAGUUUGAAGAAAAAUAACCUUGAGGAAAUGCUGGUAGUAUGGCAUGUGCGUGUGGAAGUUCAAAAAUCUCUAGAGCAGACAGUCUUGUUUUAGGAGCUAUCCAGAUUAUGAUUGGCAUCUUUCAUGUUUUGAUGUGGUAUUUCCUUUUGGUUUUGUACAUGGGACAAGUCAAAGGAGUCUUUGGAACAUAUGAACCUAUAACUUACAAAGCAGGAUGUGCUUUAUGGGGAGUUAUGUUUAUCAUUUCAGGAGCUGUCAUAAUAAGAUCAACAAAUCAUCCAACUCAGUGCCUGGCUAUGACUGCACUGAUCAUGAACAUCUUCUCCAUACUCGUUACAAUUGUCGCAGUAAUUCUGGUAAUAGUUGAGUUGUCAAGUUUCAAAUCUGUGUCAUAUAGGAAUUAUGGACAAGCGAAACUUGGGAGGGAAGUCUCCCGCAUCUUACUGUACUCCUAUCCCCUGGAAUUUAUUAUUGCACUUACAUACUCAAUCUGCAGCUGUUCACACUUGAGUAAGAAAAAACCAGAAAGAUCUUAUCCCUCACCUCCUCCUCGUACACCUGUUACAGAGGAACCUGAGAGCAAUGUAUCAAGAGCUUAAUCCUGCAAGAUUUUGACUGGUGCUGAUACCUGCUGUGG